UUUUUUUUAGUUAAUUUACAAAUGAUUCUUCUUAUUCGACAAAAUUUAAAACUUCAACUUUGUUCAAAAAGGAAUUACGUGCCUGAAUAUAAUAAAAGGAAAACUGGUUGGAUUUUGAGGAAGGCAAAUGGAUAUUUAGCUCGUCAUCCAAACUUUUUUAAUAAUUUUAUAGUUUAUGGAUUUACCGGUUUUAUGGCUGGUUAUUGGUUUUAUAACAGUUAUCAAGAAAAGAAAAUAAAGAAAACAAUGACAGAAGAAGAAUAUAUAAUGUAUAGAGAAAAGAAAAAAGCUCUUAAUGAACAAAGAAUGAAAUAUGGUACGGAUCUCUACAUUCCUUUUCUUACCAAAAAAGUUGAAAAUGAAAGGAUAGACGAGAUUUACUACAAAAGUUGA